AGAUGAAAAUCAUGGAUUUCAACGUGGAUUUGUCUGGGUUUCCAAAUAGAUCAACAACAAACGGCCAGACGGCCGAAAUACUGACUAAACAACCAGUAAAAUGCGUUUUAUUAAAAGAAAUUGUGAAGAAGAAAAAAUUACGAAAUCUCUUCUUUUUUUUCAGAAAAAUGGAACUUCCUGACAUUCCGUUUAAUAAAGCUGAGUAUAUAGAAACUGCAAGUGGGAACAGAGUUUCUAGAGCCAGUGUACUCUGUGGUUCACAGAAUAUUAUUCUUAAUGGAAAGAAUAUAGUCGAGGGAGAUGCAAUUAUUAGAGGAGAUCUAGCAAAUGUAAGAGUUGGGAGGCACUGUAUUAUCUCCAGUAAAGCAGUACUUAGGCCGCCAUUCAAGAAGUUCAGCAAAGGGGUUGCAUUUUUCCCUUUGCAGAUAGGAGAUCAUGUUUAUAUAGGAGAAGGGAGUGUGGUGAAUGCUGCUAUUCUGAGUUCCUAUAUAUAUUGGGAAACUUAUCUAGGAGAAGGAAAUGAAUGCUGCUAUCCUGAGUUCCAAUAUAUAUAUUGGGAAACUUAUCUAGGAGAAGGAAGAAAAUAUUUAAAAAAAUUUAAAAGUACCAAAAAUGUCAUCAAGAAGAUCAACAGGAAGAAAAUUGCUCCACCCAUGGAGCAGAAAGGUGUUUUACCGUCAGAUGAUGAGGAGGAUACCUUACCAAAGAUUACCAAAAAUGGCAUCAAGAAGAUCAACAGGAAGAACAAUGCUUUACUGGUGGAGCAGAAAGGUGUUUUACCGUCAGAUGAUGAGGAGGAUACCCUACCAAAGGUUCCUACCAAGCUUCCAUGCAUCUCAAACCUACGGCUGGAUCCAGAGCUAGGGAUUGUGAAAGGGGAGAUCCUGUUGGGAUUACAGGAGAUCCCCCAGUCCUUACAGCAGAAGAAGGACAAAAUGAUUGAUUUCACCAAGAGUUAUUAUCAGCACUUUAUACCAGUUAGAGAGGCCUAAUUAGAGGUCAAAGAGUAAACACUAGAGUUCAGAAAAUUCUUAGCAAAAGGAUGGGAAGGGCAUUUAAUAAACACAAAAGACCAUAUUAAAAAUGUAGUUUUUUUGAAAUAGCAUGUUGGACCCCAAUCAAAUUUUUUUUAUAGAUUUUUUUUCAAAAAUAAGCAAUAAGAAGAACAACUGCACUAUCUCUUCCUUCUGAAUGCUAAAAACUGUGAUUGGAUCAAUAUUCUUUAUAAAUUAUUAAUUUGAAUAUUAUUCUCUCCAUUU